AUGGACAGACUCCUUCUAGAUCAUCAGCAAAAAACUAGAGUGCGAGCAGCAGACAUGAAGUGCUACACUAUUUCCUUUUUGCUCCUGAUGUUUUCUCUCAUCUUGUGCUGUUUGACUGAACCCAUUUGCUUUUGGAGGAUAAAGAAUAAUGGAGAUAAUUAUGGAGACUUAAGAAGUGACUGCGGUUUUCUCCUUUGGACAAUGGAGGGACCUAUUGAAGACAAAUUUUAUAAUAUUUCUGAUUUUAGAGUACCAGCAAGAAAAUAUGAGUUUUUUCUGGUAAUAUUUUUUGCUACUGAUGAAAUCAACAAGAAUCCUUAUCUUUUACCCAACAUGUCUUUGAUUGUCUGGCUUUUUGAUUAUCGGUGUAAAGAUAUAUUGGAAUUUCUGGAUAAAAAUUAUUCACAAAAAAACAAUAGUUUGGAAUUUGCUAAUUAUAACUGUUUAUUAAAAGAAGACUGUUACAUAGACCUUACAGGACCAUCAUGGAAAACAUCCUUAAAACUGUCAAUUAAUUCUAGGACGCCAAAGGUUUACUUUGGACCAUUUCAUCCUAACCUAAGUGACCAUGACCAGUUGCCCUAUAUCCAUCAGGUAGCCACCAAGGACACAUGUUUGUCCAAUGGUAUGGUCUCCUUGAUGCUUCAUUUUAGAUGGACGUGGGUAGGACUGGUCAUCUCAGAUGAUGACCAGGGUAUUCAAUUUCUCUCUGAAUUGAGAGAAGAAAUACAAAAUCAUGGAAUAUGUUUAGCUUUUGUGAAUAUGAUCCCAGAAAAUAUGCAGAUAUACAUGACAAGGGCUAAGAUGUAUGAUCAACAAAUUAUGACAUCUUCAGCAAAGGUUGUUAUCAUUUAUGGAGAAAUGAACUCUACUCUAGAAGUCAGCUUUAGAAGAUGGGAAUAUUUAGAUACAAGGAGAAUCUGGAUCACAACCUCACAAUGGGAUGUUAUCACAAAUAAAAAUGAUUUCAGCCUUGAUUUCUUUCAUGGGACUGUCACUUUUGAACACCACCACAGUAAGAUUGUUAAAUUUAGGGAUUUUAUACAAACAACAAUGAAAACUCAUAAAUACACAAUAGAUAUUUCUCAGUCUAUACUGGGGUGGAAUUAUUUUAAUUGUUCAACCUCAAAGAGCAUCUAUAGCAAAAUGGAUUAUUUUACAUUCAACAACACAUUGGAAUGGACAGCACAGCACAAAUUUGACAUGGCCCUGAGUGAAGAAGGUUACAAUUUGUAUAAUGCUGUGUAUGCUGUAGCUCACACCUACCAUGAACUCAUUCUUCAACAAGUAGAAUCUCAGCUAAUGGCAGAACCCAAGGGAUUAUUCGCUGACUGUCAGAAGGUGUCUUCCAUGCUGAAAACCAGGGUAUUUACUAACCCUGUUGGAGAACUGGUGAACAUGAACCAUAGGGAAAAUCAGUGUGCAGAUUAUGACAUUUUCAUCAUUUGGAAUUUUCCACAAGGCCUUGGAUUAAAAGUAAAAAUAGGAAGAUACUUUCCUUGUUUCCCACAGAGCCAACAACUUCAUGUAUCUGAAGACUUAGAGUGGGCCACAGGAGGAACAACGGUUCCCUCUUCCAUGUGUAGUGUGACAUGUGCUCCUGGAUUCAGGAAAAUUCAUCAGGAACAAACAGCAGACUGCUGCUUUGAUUGUGAUCAGUGCCCAGAAAAUGAGGUUUCCAAUGAAACAGCAGAUAUGGAACCGUGUGUGAAGUGUCCAGAUGAUAAGUAUGCCAACUUAGAGCAAACCCACUGCCUCCAAAGAUCUGUGUCAUUUCUGGCUUAUGAAGAUCCACUGGGGUUUACCCUAGGCUGUAUGGCCCUUUCCUUCUCUGCCCUAACAAUUCUAGUACUAAUCAUUUUUGUGAAGUACAAGGAUACUCCCAUUGUGAAGGCCAAUAACCGCAUUCUCAGCUACAUCUUGCUCAUCUCUCUAGUCUUCUGUUUUCUAUGCUCAUUGCUCUUCAUUGGACAUCCCCACCAGGCCACCUGCAUCCUGCAGCAAACUACAUUUGCAGUAUUUUUCACAGUGGCUAUUUCUACAGUGUUGGCCAAAACGAUAACUGUGGUCAUGGCUUUCAAGCUCACUACUCCAGGGAGAAGGAUGAGAGGGAUGUUGAUAACAGGGGCACCUAAGAUGGUCAUUCCCAUUUGUACCCUAAUCCAACUUGUUCUCUGUGGAAUCUGGUUGAUAACAUCUCCUCCCUUUAUCGAAAGAGAUAUACACUCUGAACAUGGGAAGACCAUCAUUAUUUGCAACAAAGGCUCAGUCAUUGCCUUCCACUUAGUUCUGGGAUACUUGGGCUCCCUGGCUCUGGGGAGCUUCACUGUAGCUUUCUUGGCUAGGAACCUUCCUGACAGAUUCAAUGAAGCCAAGUUCCUAACUUUCAGCAUGCUGGUAUUCUGCAGUGUCUGGAUAACCUUUCUCCCUGUCUACCAUAGCACCAAGGGGAAGGUCAUGGUGGUUGUGGAGGUCUUCUCCAUCUUGGCUUCUAGUGCAGGCUUGUUAGGGUGCAUCUUUGUCCCAAAGUGUUGUGUUAUUUUAGUUAGACCAGAUUCAAAUUUCCUGCAGAAGUACAAAGAUAAAUUGCUUUAUUAA